AAUUGAGCAAAGUCUUGCAACACAAAUGGAAAGCGAAUCCAAGCCGAAUAAGCCCCGCUAUGAUAUCACCAUGUCGAGAAGAACCCGAAAAGCCCAUCCAAGAGUGUUGUUCGGAGAGAAAGUGAGUGCCCUGAAAGACGACGAUGAACUUGAAAUUGAAGAAGAGAAGAGAAAGAAACACUUGAUAGAGAUUUUCAAUGAAGAAGAGGCUGAAUGCAGAAGCUCUCUUGGAGAACGUUUCACGGAGGAAGACAAGGAGCAUCAGUUGGUGGUCAAACACGAAAAGGGACAUGAUGGAGUCAGUCUCAAGAAAAUGGUGAGCCGUUGCGCCAAGAUGUGGGGUCAUCUGAUUAAGGUCAAAGGAGGUUCUCGAAAGAAACGUGUUCUUCAUCUUACCAUGUAAUCAGUGAUCAAGGUGGGACGAACUUUUUUUAUACAAAUAUAGGGAAAAUGGUAUGUGAAUUACAAACAUGAUAAAUAAUGUUUUAAGGAGACUUUUCUAUACGUGGUUAUCCAUUUAAUGGAUCAUUUCAUGUUAUGUGCGAAGCAACUUGCUAAAUUUUGUACAUUGUUUGAUCUAUAAAAUCAAAAUUAC